GUCUGCAAUUUUUCGAACUAUGGUUUAUAAAUGUACGUCCAAGCUAACGGAAAAAGGCGUGUCAUUUCGAUUCAGUAAAGUUUCGUUUCACGUGUGUUUAAUACACGAAUUUGGCAAUCUGAAUGCCCAGUAACGGCUGUUUAGUCACUGGAUUCCCUUGAGAGGCUUCGUACAACUAAACGUCACGUUUAAGCAACAGUUUAAUUUGGGGAUUUGCCACUGAAGAGUAAAAAGCUAUGGCAGUCCAACAGCAGGUAACCACAGUGAUGACCCACACAGCCUAUAGUUCUGGAACCUGGACUUCAAGUCUCUUGGACUGCUGCUCAGACAUGAGCACUUGUUGCUGUGGUCUGUGGUGUUUUCCAUGCAUGCAGUGUGAUGCUGUAUCUCAGUUCGGCUGGUGUUUCUGCAUGCCCCUUCUGGAUGUUUGCAUGAUUGUGUCCUGCUGCUUCCGCAGUAAGAUAAGGGAGCGCUACAACAUUCAUGGCUCCUGCUGUGAUGACUGCUGCACGCUCUGUUUCUGCUACCCAUGUGCAUGGUGCCAGAUGACUCGUGAGAUAAAGAUGCGCGCUCGUGCUGGUACUGUGAUUACUCAACAGAUUCAUGGCUAGUCACAGUCAUUUGAAUCUGUGCUGUGCAUUUCAAAGCCCUACGUUCAAAAUGUUUGAAUGAUUCGAGAGGGAAAUAAACAAGUAAAAAUGUGUCUCUGAAAUUGUUUAUGGUUAUUGUUUAUUUCUUAGAUUCCUCUCUGGUCCCUAACUAUAUUUUUUUUCCUGACCCAAUUUCAUACAAGCCUUAUCAAAUAAGUAAAUGUUUACUUCUGGCUAAAUAAAUGCAGUUCCUUUGUCAUAUUUGGCCUGUUCCCUUACUAAUGUAAAUAAAAAUCAUAAAUAAAACUUGGAAGUGUUUUCUAA